AGUGGGACUCUUAAUUCGGCCAACAAAUUGCCCACUAGUGUAUUUAAUUAUUUAUUAUUUUAGGCAGAAAAUUCGCAGUUUCGUUAGAUGAUUCUUUAAACUGAUUUUAUACGCUUAUUCAGACGAUAAGGUUUCAUGGCAAAGUCCAUAUUAUAGUGAUAAUAUCCGGACCUGACAGUAGCCUCUGUAAGCAGCAGGGCUGGACAGGAGAGGGGAUGAGGGGAAGAGCACUAAGAUCUGCUGCAGGGUUAAAGAGCUUGUUGCAGAGACAUUGAUCCUGAACGUGUGUCAGAUUAAUUUCUCAUGGACGCACUGUAUUAACCGAGUAGUAAAAGCAGCAUGCAGGAGGUUAAACUACCGCUGACGGUGAAAGUGGACAUUAAUGUGCUGCUGGUUGCAGUCACAUCCCUUGGCCUCCUGACCAGAUUGUACGGCAUUCAGUUCCCCAGAGCUGUCGUCUUUGACGAGGUUUACUAUGGACAGUUUGUGUCUCUGUACAUGAAGAGGGUGUUUUUCAUUGAUGAGAGUGGACCACCUUUUGGGCACAUGAUCCUGGCACUUGGAGGCUAUCUAGGGGGAUUUGAUGGCAAUUUUGUCUGGAACAGAAUCGGAGCAGAAUACUCCAGUAAUGUUCCUGUAUGGACACUCCGAGUGAUACCUGCCUUGGCCGGGGCAUUUUCAGUGCCCCUGGCCUACCUUCUGACGGUGGAGCUGGGAUGUUCACACUUCACUGCGCUUGGAGCUUCAGUGCUGCUCAUUCUGGAGAACUCGUUGAUUGCGCAGUCUCGAUUCAUGCUCCUGGAGUCAGUGCUUAUCUUUUUCUUGCUGCUUGCUGUUGUGUCUUACCUGCGCUUCCACAAUGCACCAAACAGUUCUUUAAGCAGGUGGUUGUGGCUUAUUAUCUCUGGAGCCAGUUGUACAUUUGCAGUGGGAGUGAAGUAUAUGGGUCUCUUCACCUACUUGCUGCUGCUCAGUCUGGCAGCAGUUCACACCUGGCAUGUCAUUGGAGAUAAAACUUUAAGCAAUGUGAGCCCAUUUUUCCAGAGAAAACUACUGACUCAAGCUGACAUAAAGGGGCUUCUGACUGACACAGUGUCCUGUCUCCUUCUUCCUCCACAGGGGAGAGUGUUUUUGCAGGUUCUGGCUCGCUUCCUGUCUUUAGUGGUGCUCCCGGUUUUUCUCUAUUUGGGAUUUUUCUACAUACAUCUGUCUCUACUGCACCGCAGCGGACCACAUGACCAACUGAUGAGCAGUGCUUUUCAAGCCAGUCUAGAGGGAGGCCUGGCCAGGAUCACUCAGGGUCAACCUCUGGAGGUGGCGUUCGGUUCCCAAGUGACCCUUCGUAGUGUGUCCAGCAAACCUGUUCCAUGCUGGCUUCAUUCUCACAAGGCCAACUAUCCAAUCAGAUAUGAAAAUGGGCGUGGCAGCUCACAUCAGCAGCAGGUGACAUGCUACCCUUUCAAAGAUGUCAACAACUGGUGGAUUAUCAAAGAUCCAAGAAAGCAGAACCUUGUGGUGAGCAGUCCACCCAGACCUGUCAGACACGGCGAUAUUAUACAGCUGCUGCACGGCAUGACCUCACGAUUCCUCAACACGCAUGAUGUUGCAGCUCCCAUGAGCCCUCACUCUCAGGAAGUGUCUGGCUACAUUGACUUCAAUGUGUCUAUGCCUGCCCAGAAUCUCUGGAGAGUGGACAUCACAAACCGUGAGUCUGACCGAGAUGUGUGGAAGACCAUUCUGUCAGAGGUGCGACUGAUACAUGUCAACACUUCUGCAGUGCUGAAGCUGAGUGGAGCAUCUCUUCCAGACUGGGGGUUUCAUCAGCUGGAGGUGGUGGGUGAUAAGGUCUAUAAAGGCUACCAGCAGAGCGGUGUGUGGAACGUUGAAGAACAUCGCUAUGGCAGAAGUCAGGAACAGCGGGAGAGAGAACUUGAACUCAAGUCCCCUACUCAUGUUGACUUCAGCAGAAACCUCACGUUCAUGGCUAAGUUUAUGGAACUGCAGUGGAAGAUGCUGACUGUAAGAAAUGAAGAGUCAGAACACAAAUACAGCUCUUUACCCCUGGAAUGGAUCACCAUGGACACAAACAUUGCAUACUGGCUUCAUCCAUCAACUAAUGCCCAAAUCCACUUGAUAGGCAACAUAGUCACCUGGACGCUUGCGAACCUUGCACUUCUUGUUUAUGUGGGCCUGUUUUCAACUUAUCUGCUGAGACGACGGCGGAAAAUAGAGGACAUCCCUGAAGCCUCUUGGGAGCAGCUGGUGCUGGCGGGUGUUGUGUGCUCUGGAGGAUGGGCUGUUAAUUACCUGCCCUUCUUUCUGAUGGAGAAGACAUUGUUUCUGUACCACUAUCUCCCAGCUCUCACUUUCCAAAUUCUGCAGAUCCCUGUUGUUGUGGAGCACCUGUACAAUCACACACUGAGAUCACCAGCGUAUCAGAAGGCAUUUGGUGGAGUAAUCCUGGCAGCUUUGUGCUCGGUGUAUAUUUGCUAUUGCACCUUCAGCCCCCUCACAUAUGGCCAGCCUGAGCUCACCGCUGAGCAGCUGAAUGCACUGCGAUGGAGAGACAGCUGGGAUAUACUCUUUCAGAAACACUGAUCUCUGGAGCUCUCCUCCCUAAACACUAAUGUUUUCUUGGAGUACAUCAACACAGCUGAAACAAAGAGGAAUUUCAGAGCUGUAGAUGUGGAAAGAUGUGAAAGAUGAGUAGUCAAGUCAUGUUUUUUAUUAGAAUGUGCUUAAGAUGCUGUAUAAGGUAGUUAAGUAUAAAAUUGAGCCUAAAUGUUUUAUAAUAAUGCAAGAACAAUAUCCAUGUUCAUGUAAACUAACGUGCCUAAAAUAUUGUAGGGCCUCAUCUAUAAAAGCUGCUCAAACUGGACAUAUUAACUAAGAAUGAAAUAUUUUUGUAUAAUAUUUGUAUUAUCUACAGUAGUCUAGCAGGCAACUUUAUCACUGUGAAUUAACUGUGUUUAUAUAGCAAAAGAAAGCAUUACAGCUUCACUGUUGUUUCUACUUGAGAUAAUCUCAGAGAAGAACUUUUAUUGCUGUUUUAUUAAUCCUUGCACAACACUAAUCAAUGGUACUUGAAAAUAGUAAAUAAAUUUUUUAAAAUGUA